AUGGCCCUGGCAGCUAAUUGGGCUACACUCCCGCACAAGGUGGUUCGGCCUGCGGCCACCUACUCGCGCGGGCUGCCUGCCAGCGUGAAAAAAGCCAUGAGUACGGCUUCUGGCACCACGGCGCAGAAUCUCUGCUGCUGGGGACUCCUUACUUCGGGGCUCGGCCUGUGGCGAAGGACGCCCAGGAGUUCAGCGCCGAGUGUGGCUUCACGAUCCGCCGGAAGCAAGGCAGGUGCAGCAUCCAACAACAACGACCCACUGGCUGUCUUCGUGGUCCUACGGAAGGAUCUGGACUGGCCCACAGGCGCUAUGAUUAACCAGGCCUGUCAUGCCUGCAGUGCCAUGGCUUGGGAGGCCCGAGAGGACGAGGAUGCGGUGACUUACUUCUCCGAGGGCCUGGUAGGGCACAUGGUGAAGUCCACCAUGGCUGCCAAGAGCAAGGGCGAGCUCGAGGACGUCACGAAGAAGCUUGAAGAGGCUGGGAUUCCGUACAAGCUUUGGGUGGAGCAGCCCGAGGACUCUGUGUAG